AUGCCAUCAUAUCAUCUGCAACGAGUGGUAUUUGGUUUCCUCAUUGCCCACUCUAAUUCCUUUCAUCUCUUAGCCAUUUUGGUGGGUGUGAAAAGGGACCUCAAAAGACAAAACCAGGGGUCUCCUGAUUAACACGUGGCUAAUUUUCAGAGGGUGCACUGGCAGCCUUCAUCUGCACAGCAGGGAUACUCUUCCCAAGACAACUCCAGAACAAGGUCUCCCUCAGACAAAUUCUUUGGAAAACCUGGGAAACAUUCAACAGAACAGGAUGCAGUGGCGGCCUUCAGCUGCCCAGCAGGGGACCUUCCUCCAAACCCAGCUCCAGGACAUGGGUCCAGAGGAUCACGGCCAAAAAUUUUCCCUCUAUUCAUCUUCAAAACUCUCCCUCAGAUAAAUUGACUGGAAAACCUGGUAAACAUUCAAGAGAUCAGGUAAUCCUCCAGAGUCAAAGAAGCUAACUGACACUUGGCUUGACUAAGGUAAGAACUGAAGCAGAUAUGUAGGGGUCUCCCUCCCAAGCCAGAUCUUAGCCAUUGUGGUACAUGUGGGAAGGGAUCUUGAGGGACAAGAACAGGAGUCUCCUUACCAACACAGGCCUAAUUUUCAGAGGGUGCCAUGGCGGCCUUCAUCUACAUAGCAGAGGGUCCUCCUCCAAAGACAGCUCCAGGACAUGUACCAGGAGCACCAGAGCUCACAGUUCUCCCUGCAUAUAUUGCCUCAGAUCUCCCUCGGAAUAACCCUUUGAAACAGCUGGGAAAGCUUCAGCAGAACAGCAGAGGGUGUGAUGGCGUACUUCACCUGCACAGUAGGGGGGUCCUUUUCCAAAGACACCUCCAGGACAUCGUCUCCCUCAGAGAAAUGGAUUGGAAAACCUGGGAAAUAUUCAGUAGAACAGAGGGUGCAGUAGAAAACCCACAACUGCACAGCAGGGCAUCCUCCUCCAAGACAGCUCCAGGACAAGGUCUCCCUCAGAGAAAUGGAUUGGAAAACCUGGUAAAAAUUCAAGGGAACAGAGGGUGCCAUGGCGGCCUUCAUCUGCACAGCCGGGGGUCCUCCUCCCAAGACGCUCCAGGACAUGAGGGUGUGGCGGCGUUCUUCAGCUGCACAGCACUGGGUUCUCUUCCAAAGACAGCUCCAGGACAUGAGGGAACAUUGGCAGCCUUCAUCUGCACAGCAGGGGGUCCUCCUCCCAAGACAACUCCAGGACAUGGUCUCCCUCAGACAAAUUCUUUGGAAAACCUGGGAAACAUUCAACAGAACAGGAUGCAGUGGCGGCCUUCAGCUGCCCAGCAGGGGACCUUCCUCCAAAGACAGCUCCAGGACAUGGCGAGUGACUUCUGGGUAGCCUUAGAAGCAGCCCCUUCCUAA